GGCGACGACGACGACUAAAUUGGUAGCAUCAACGCAACCACAGGCAGUGAGAACCGCAUUCCAUACACCCCGGCGUCCGCCAGAACGACCCACAUUUUCCCCCAAGUCAAAAGCUGCAUCCAGAGAGGAUUUUUGCAGCGCCACACACGGGUUUUCUCGGCGUCAGCACUGUAUUAAGCCGUUCGCAACCCACCACAUCUUGAAAACACCGUAUUCCCGUUAUCAUUGCCCAUCUCAACGCCUCAAACGCGUACACCACUAACGCCGAGCACAUCCUCUGUACACACGGACCUCGCACCUCCACCGCGAGCGACCACGCCGGUUACACGUACAACUAUGGACCCCCAACAACAAGCCGACAACGACGCCCUCGCCUCUGCCGUCGCUGCCUCCGCCCACCAACUCGGGUUAGGUCCUCUUCACGGCCACGACCACUCUGACGAUGGCCACCAUCAGCCUCACCACUUCCACCAUGCCCUCCAGCAGCCUGACUUUAGCCAAGGACACCAUCACAAGGACGGAGAAGGCCAUCAUGACCAGGGGAUGGAUGUGCAUGCGCUUGAUAUCCCGACAGUCGACGAGAGUCACCACCAUGUGAUGGAGCAUCACCAGUCUGAGCUGGAUCUGGGUCUUGGGAGUAUCGGUACACCCGGUGAGAUGCAAGGCUUUGACACUGGAGAGAUGGACCAGACACCCGCAGAGGUGUACUCUGGCAGACCACCUAGUAUCCGAAAAGCUUGUGAUCUGUGCCACGCAGCCAAACAAAAGUGUUCUGGCGACCGUCCCUCUUGUACCCGCUGUGCUGCGGGUGGUUGGCCAUGCAACUAUGCUCCCCGUCAACGUCGUCGUACCGUCCCCAAAGAACAGAAGCACCAGCAGCAUCACGCUUCACACCAUACCCAUCAUGCGCUUGACAUGCACCACCACCAUGCUCAUGCGAUGCAGUUACAAUCUGGCGCAAAGAAACGGAAGCUCGCUAGAGAAGCUUUGGCUGGAUUUGGAUCAGAAGCUAUUGACAUGAAGAUGGCAAUGGGUAUGGCUAUGGACAUGGGUUUGACUGGGGAGGAGGAAGGAGAGGAAAUGCAAAACAUGUCUGAUGAGCAGAUGCUUGAAUCUAUUGCCAUUGACGGUUACCUUUCCGACCUGCCGCUCGCCUCUUUCGUCCACAACCUUCCAUUCACUUCUACUCCUGCUCAAGAACCCGUCUUCAACGCCGACGACUUCCCUUCUUCGUCAGAUAACCCCUUCCCCAGCGCAGACAUGGACCAACAUACCACCUCCGCCCUCCGUGAUGCAAUUUUCUCUCUCAACGAGUCUGGUAAUGCUGGACAAGAAGCUGAAGGUGGAGGUGAGCAUGGAGAUGGUGAAGGAGGCGAAGAAGGUCAGAUGGACCCGCAUCUCGCAUUGCUUGAUUUGUCGAAUAUGAACAAUGAAGCCGACGGCGAAGGUUCUGAUCCUACUGGCGGUCUCAACCUCGGCGACUUCACUCAUCCUCACACUCCUACCCAAUCACAAGGAUGCAACCACCGCCAACUCGUCCCCCAUAUCCUUGCACUUCUCGCAUCCCACACCCUCGAUCCCAAGCCCGGAUCGAACACCCCUCUGACCCUUGCCGUCUUUGCUCCUCUUGCUCGAUCAUUGCGACUGUUCCAUUCCCUCACUACUUGCCAGUCAUGCAUGUCGUCACCGCGAGAAACAUUACCUCAACUCGCCCUGCUCUCACGUACCACCACCAUUCUCACCUUCCCUUUCCCACCUAUCAACUCUUCCUCCGUCGGCUCGUCAGCGCAGAUCACCAUUCACGGCGCACGGAUAUCCGGUACCGGUCUUUCAGAGGCAAUUGAACAACAUAUCGUCGGCGUUGUUUGGGAUUCGUGGAGAGCAAGUGUGAGAGAGGUGUUUGCUGCGAUGGAUAAGAAGGCGCAGGAAGUUAUCACUGCUAGCGGAUUGGCUGCCGCUGCCGCGGGUAAUCAAGAAGGAGGGCCAGUACCACAAGUUAGUAGUUUGGAAAAGCAGAGGGCGGGCCUGGUAUUCCAGGCGGUAUCGAGGUUGGUCACCGCGAUGGAUGAGGUUGAGGGGAACUAGAAAAAAAGUCCACAAGGAGGUGGCGGAAGUUUUUGCAAAAAAGUGUGUAACAGUAGUCAAGGUUUCAAAUGGUUAUAGUGUUGUGCUUAGGUUUUUCUGUUCAUGUGCCCGAUGCCGUAGAUGCAUUAAUACAGAAAUCAAGUAUCAUCACUACCAAGCCUCAGGGCAGCAGAUCAUUACUAUAUCUCAUAUAACUUAUUACGAUGGAUAACCCAACAACUGCGGAACAGAGUACAUUUCAGCUUCCUUUUUUCCCUCCCUUCGUCAUGAGAGAAAGACGCAAGAGGAUCAGGGCCAGGAUGGAGUGUCUGUGCAUGUGGAGAGACGGAAGAAGUAUGAGAGAGUGGGAGGGCUCCUUAGUUUACGGGAGCUGCACAACAUAAAUAGACAUGUAC